AUGUCCAAGCCUCCGCUGGCCUACCAUGACCUUCUCACUGGACAGAACUUCUUUUUAUACUGGAAUAUUGCGAUGGCUACCAGAAGACUGACUCUUGGCACUGCUAUCAUUCUUGUCAAUCGCUACACCCUUCUGUCGUUGGCGAUCAUUCUGUUAUUCGACACCACGUCUCCUCAUACACAACAUAUUUCUGUUGAUGUUCGGACUAUCCCUGAGUUCACACUGGUCAUCAUGCACAGCAACAUCUGCUCUGCGAGUUAUCUGUUUUUAUAUUGGAAGCAGCGCAAGGACUGUGGAAUAUUGCUAUCAUUCGAGGUGUCAUACAUCAGCAUGGUUCCAGUGUGCGCUGCAAUACAACAUGGCUCCACUGUCAAGAUUAACAUCUGUAAGAAAUUGCCAUAUGUCAUGAGUCACACGUUAGCAGGCCUGAUCUUUUGGAACUCUAAACGUGUUCGUGGCAUGGGAACGACAAUACCGGUCAGAAUGCUCCUGUUGCGGAAUGAUGAUCGUGAGCACAACUCAGUACGGGAAAACAUGGACUUGGUUUGUCUCAACUUUUUCACUUUUAUUGAAAUGGUCGUCUCAAUACUUACCACCCAAUUCCUCUUCGAUCUUCGCCAAAAUGUAAAUUCAACGAAUGUGCUCCAAAACAAUGUCACUACAACCGACUCUCAUAUUAUUGGGGACUUCGUUGCCAAUCUCGAGCUCAAUAUCUCAAAUGGGGGUGCCAGCGUACUCAGCCUAGACGAUGAUGCAGUAGAUGAUAGUGAUUCACCUACAGCGACGGAAGGAGAAAACAUUACAGCAGAUUUAGAGGAGGGUUCUGAACGCGAUCCAGAGGUCGAAGAGGUCCACUAG